AUGAGUUGGGCUCUCCUGACCCGUCUGCUGGAGGAAAGCCAGAACCACUCCACAUUUGUGGGCAAGCUCUGGCUAACUGUGCUCAUCGUGUUCCGCAUUGUGCUGACAGUAGUAGGGGGAGAGUCUAUCUAUUAUGAUGAGCGGAGCAAGUUUCUCUGCAACACACUACAGCCGGGCUGUGACAACAUGUGCUAUGACGCCUUUGCUCCACUCUCGCAUGUCCGCUUCUGGGUCUUCCAAAUUGUCCUGAUAACCACACCUUUACUCGUUUACCUGGGAUAUGCUGUUAACAAGAUUGCGCGGAUGGAAAAGCAGGCAGACGGCAGAGAUGUGAGGAAACCCAAGAAGCACCACUGCCUUUGCUCAAGAAAGCAGCAUUUGGGAUUUGAAGAGGCUGAGAAUGACCAUGUGGAAGAACAAGUGAUCGAUGAAGUGGUAGAGCUGCUGACCGAUGGUGCUGGACCAGCAAAAGGAGACAGUGGUGACAGUCAAACAAAUGUUAGGACACGGCAUGAUGGGCACCGGUACAUCCAAAGAGACGGACUGAUGUGCAUUUAUGUGUUUCAGCUCUUGGUCCGCACUCUGCUGGAGGCUGCGUUCCUGUGGGGACAGUAUUACCUGUAUGGAUUUUCAGUGCCUCACACCUUUUUGUGCUCAGUCGAUCCAUGCCCUCACACCGUGUCCUGCUACGUGUCUCGCCCCUCUGAGAAAACCAUCUUUCUGCUCAUCAUGUAUGCCGUCUCUGUCCUCUGUCUGUUACUCAAUAUAGUGGAGAUGAUUCACUUGGGUGUCAGAGCUGUCUGUGACAUCGUCAGCUGCUGCUGCUGCGUGAAGACCCUUGAUGAAGAAGACAGGUUGACACAGGCAGAGUUGACUAGUGAGGAUCCCAACAGAUGCUCUAGUUCCCACAAUAUAUCAUCUUCAUAUCGGGACAACAUCAAGCCUUGUGUGGUUUUUACAAGAAAUUAUGACAAAGGAGUGUCCAUCACGGAUCUGGCUAAAACGAAAAUGACCAGCAGACAGAACCACAUGAACAUAGUCCAAGGGGUGAGACAGCAGCACAACAUUCAAAUUGACAACCUGGCCGGAGCAGGAUUGGAAUAUGACCCCCAAAGUGUUAGGAAUGAUUUAAGUCAGAGCAAGAAGAAGCCGCGGGCUGACACUCAGGUCUACUGUGACUGGCAGGGCCUCAGUAACAACCACAGCAGGGCUCACACAGAAGGUAAACACCAGCGAGUCAACGGACAUGCCUCCAGCAAAGCAGAUGCAGACAGCAGUCACUGCAGCACAGAGUGGGUGUGAAGUACAG